UUCGCGUUCAACAGCCACAUUUCAAACUAGAAUGGCGACCGCUGUCUGCGGUCUGCAGUCAACCGGCAGCAACAGCAAAACGGCCAAGACUCACCGAGAACACCGGAGAAGGGUGAAGGACUCCAGGAGGAGGCAGGCGGCUCUGUUAUUUCUCACAAAUAUCUCUCUCGACGGUCGCCCCCAGUCUCAGCUUAGCGAUGGAAAUAUCGACCAAACCGCAGACGAGCUCAGAGCCCGGGACAGAGACGGCGGUGAAUGUGUCGGUCCUCCGCCGGUUGACGGACAGAGAACCACCGGACAGGUGACAGAACCUGCCGCGGCCGGUAGUGGCUCUUCCUCCAGUUUCCCCGGGGUGGUCAGUCCCCUCCGACCUUCCUUGAUAAUGUCUCCGGGACCGGCCGGGGCAAAUACCGUGGGGGCCAACGAGGUAUUUUGGGAGGGCGGGUUUGCGGCCGAGGCUCUGCUCCCUGACACCCCGGUGUCUCCGGUGCCCGGUCACCAGCCCUGCGCCCGUGUCCGGUCCACACCCGCUGUGAGCCCGAUACCGACCAGUAAUAGUCUGGACUCCCGUCAGAGGUUAAGGAAUGUCUCUGGUUCUCCUGGACCCAAGGUGCCAAAGAAAGUCCACUUUAUUAAGAGUAUGAGGCAGUAUGAUACCAGAGGAUGUAGGAUCAUGCUGAUUUGUGCCAAGCGGUCGCUAUAUGCUGCUUUCUCAGUGCUGCCCUAUGGAGAGAGUGCUCACCUCAGUGAUCCAAAGCUGGAGGCUCAUAGACAAAGGCUGUCCUCUGUGGUUGUUACUGACUUGCUUCCCUCAUUAGAAGGCGUGGAGAUGAGCGCCUUUGGGAAGACUGUGUCAUACGCUCAGUUUCUGUAUCCGACCAAUGCCUUGGUGAGACUGAAGAACAGUGGCAUGCCAGAGAGCUGCAUAGCUCAGACCCCUCAGUCACGUUACCGUGGCAACGGGCAGAGGAACUUCACCCCUGCUCGUCUGAACAAUUCGGUGGCACAAGACCCAUAUAUAGAGGACCUGGCUGAGUAUGACCCUAACCUGCUCAGUGACCCCCAGUGGCCGUGUGGGAGACAUAAGAGGGUCCUGACAUUUGCGUCAUAUGUGACGACUGUUAUCGAGUAUGUGAAACCAUCAGACCUGAAGAAAGACAUGAACGAGACUUUCAGGGAGAAGUUUCCUCACAUCAAGCUCACACUGAGCAAAAUAAGAAGCCUGAAGAGGGAGAUGCGGGCUGUGAGCGAGGAGUGUGGUCUGCAGCCGGUCACCAUAGCAAUGGCUUUUGUUUACUUUGAGAAGCUGGUGCUGCAGGGUCGACUCAACAAGCAGAACAGGAAGUUGGUGGCAGCGGCGUGCGUGCUGCUGGCGGCAAAGAUCAGCAGCGAUCUGAGGAAACCAGAAGUCAAACAGCUCAUUGAUAAGCUGGAGGAACGUUUCCGCAUAAACAGACGUGAGUUGAUUCCUCUGGAGUUCCCGGUGCUGGUUGCCUUGGAGAUGGGACUUUACCUUCCCGAGAGCAAGGUCAUGCCACACUACCGCAGACUGGUGCAGCAGGGUUAGAGCAGUGCGUCGUGACGGCCGACUAAAGCAUCGAGGACCCACAGGAGGCGGAUCGACCAGGUUAUAAGCUGUGGUGUUGGAAAACAAAUAAUCCCGAUCCUGUUUAUUUUCUGUCAGUCGUGACUUGAAUGUCUCACUGUAAAUGAAGCAACUAGUUUACACUUGUGGACUCAAUGGCAUGUGUGUCUCUGAUUGUCUUUUCAAGCAUUUAAACGUUCUGAUGUCGAUUCCCGUCUUGAGCUCUAUGUUAGAGAUGUACAAUGAGCACGUUAAUUGUGCUUUUAUUUCGUUUUCUUGUGACAUAUUUUUGGUACGUCAACCUUCUGUGUAUAGUAUUUAAAUGACAUUUAUGCUGUGACAUUUGUGUAUUUUUUUCUCAUAACUGCAUAGUAUUUAUUAAGUAGACUUUGAUAAUUACAUAGAAAGUCAUUUUUGUAAAUGCCUUUUAAAUCCACUGUGACGCUGAAGCAUUUUAGACUGAACAUUACACUGUAGAACUGAGGACGGAAGACGUCAUUUUAGAUUUUGUUACCAGAGAAGUGGCCUUUUAUUUGUUCAUAUUCAUCCAAUAAGCAGAGAUGUUGGCUGCCUGUCGCACAAUAAUAAUCCAGUAACAUUCAAGUAUUUAUUAGGAUAUCACUCUUAUGUCUGCGGCAGCUCAGCACUCAGACUUAUUCAUAGAAAACCACUGUGGUGUCAAAUGAAAGCAAACGUGAUUAGAGGAGACCCUUUAUAGCAAAUGUUUUCUAAUGUUUUAUGUCAAUACCCAGGGAUUUGUUUUGUCGUACCUUAAAAAUGCACUGGAAUGUUACCACUUUUUCUUAUUUUCAGUUCUCAGGAAUUUUACUUUCACAUCUUUGACUAACCCAAAGAAAUGUUUUUAUUUGUGUUACUGUGGCUUUACCACCUGUGCUCCAUCACGCCUCUGUGGGGGAUUGAAAUGAUUGUGGAUUGUCUAAUCUUGCAUCUUCAGUACGUGAAUGGAUGUAUUAGUUUCUUCUAUAAAUGCCACAAUGUUAUCCUGAGGCAGUACUUAUUGCACAGCAACUUUGAAAAAGUGCCUGAAACUACAGUGGCAGUGAAAUGGUUAACCAUGUUAUCACAGUGAUAUUUGGCGUUGACAUUUCUGCGUCCUGCUGCUGGAUGGAUCUUUAAAUGUUGAGGUUGUUUUUUUUUUUGUUUUUUUUUUGUCAAGAGAUCUUUGUUAAAGGUGUUGACGGGACAGUGUUUUUAGGUUUGUGUGUCUCCAGUGAUGAGUGUUAAAAAUCCACAUAGAGCCGUCGUCGUACCUGUACGGUUGGUGUCAAAUUGUUUUCAAACUGUCAAAUGAAUGUUUUUGAAAUAUAUUUUACGAUCCUG